UACGGGACGACACACACACAGCAACGUUCGUUCCGAAGCUCCGCCCACCCCUCCCCCGCCAACAGCACCCGGGCUCCGGCUAUGACAGUGUUACGUGACUUUUCAACUCCCGGCAUUCUAUGCGCGCUAAACAUGGCGGCCUCCAUGAGGGUUGCUAGGGCGCUGGGUGAACCGGGACUGGCUGUAAUUCUCAGUCCUAGUCGGUUGAUAACACCUAUAAUGGUUCUGCCUGUAAGGACGAAAAAGAGAAUGUUCAUUCCACCCUCUGUGAACCGCAAGCAUACAGUUGAGGACAUGACGAAGAAAGCUAAAGCUGCUGGAGUGAUAGUACCACACGAAAUCCUGGAGCGUCCAAUUAAUGUCUCCUGCACUGCUGGUAUACAUGAUCAGUAUGUGCCUCCAGAGGGAGAUGCCCGUCUGUCCACACUUUCCAGGGAUGGCUUCGCGCAGAGGACAGAGCAGCUGAAACAGACUGCAGCCUCUCAACUGGCAAUUCGGAAGAUCAAAAAUUAUGACCACGACUUCAGCACUAAGACAUUUCCAGAGAGAGCUCAAGAAAUCUUUAUCGCAGCACACAACUGUCUGACAGAGUUUGACCGUCACAAGCUGCAUUUGCUAGUGACAGAGCUUUGCUACCCCAAUAUGGUGCGAGGUAAUAGAUACCGCACAAUCCGCUGGUCUUUUGUGGAGUCUCUGGAGCCUCCCCGAGUCGUGCAGGUCCGGUGUGCUGAAAUGGUUAGCAAGGGGAACCUUUAUGGACAGGUGACUGUUCGCUUGCACAGCAAGCAGAGCCUGGUUAUAUAUGAUCGGUUUGGCAGAGUCGAAUAUGGAAAGGAUGAGCCACGGGAUGUUCUAGAGUAUGUGGUAUUUGAGCGUCACUUGCCAAACCCUUAUGGAGUGUGGCGAAUGCAUGGUAAAAUAGUACCCUCCUGGGCACCACACAAAGACCCUAUUGUCAAGACGGUCCUAUUACCAGGUCCUGUGUUAAAGCCCUGGCAGGAGCUGGAAGAUUUAAAAUUGGAGAAAAGGGAACCUCCAUCAACAUAGUGGUACAUAUAAGAAGCACUUUCCAUUGUUUUUUCAAGGACAAGUCAGCAACAUUCAUAACUGUAUAUCAAAGGCUUGAAUCUAUAACUUUCUACCAUAGAAACAAGGACAAGAACACAGCAGCCGAUGUGAUUCAUACAUUGUCUACUGUCCUUUAUCAUUAUCCUGAUCUGUGAUCUGCAUGUGUGUUCUGCACAUGUUGACUAGAAUUUUUUAUUCGCUUAGAAAAUAAAGUGUUGUUGCCUAUA